UAAGCCAACUGGUGUAAAGACAUAUCAAAUUAAACGUAUUACUUGUACUUCCGAAAGUUGAGAUAUGUAUCAUUUUCCCUCCCAGCAGCUUGUUCCCCAUGAUGAAUAAUAUGUUUGCCUUAUCGAACUGAUAGCGCGGCCGCUGAUUGCCAAUUGUUGGGCUCCAGUCUCUAGAUUCCGACGACAGUUUCUUCUCACCUGCGAUCUGCGAUGACUCGGCUGCUGCUCUUUUGGCUCCUCUGCCUCCUCACCUGCGGGGCCGCCAAGGAGAAGGACCAUCACCAGGCGAGGAUCAUCAAUGGGAGCCUGGCCAGGACGGAGGAGACGCGCCACCUGGUCUCCAUUCGCCUGCUGCGGCACGACAACAACUUCGGCAGUGGCCACAUCUGCGGCGGGGCUUUGAUUGCGCCCAGAAAGGUCCUCACCGCCGCCCACUGCCUGUACAACAAUCAGAGAAAGCGCUUUCGCCGGGCCAGCGAGUUCGUCGUGGUCCUGGGCACGCUGAACCGCUUUGAGCGGCGCAACGGCACCAUCGUCUCGCCGGUGGACUCCAUGGCCUACAUGCACACCUUCAGUCCGGACAGCAUGCGCGACGACGUGGGCCUCCUCAUCCUGCGCUUAGGGCAACCUCCCGGCCACCUCACUGUGGCGCCCAUUCAGCUGGCGGGGCAGGUCACUCCGCCCGGGAGGCUGUGCCAGGUGGCCGGCUGGGGACGCACGGAGCAGAGCUCCCUGUCCAACGUCCUGCUGACGGCCAAUGUGAGCACCAUACGGCACCAGACCUGCCGCAUGAUCUACAGGAGCGGCCUGCUGCCCGGGAUGAUGUGCGCCGGGCGGCUGCAGGGCGGCACCGACUCCUGCCAGGGCGACUCCGGCGGUCCGCUGGUCCACGAGGGGCGGCUGGUGGGCGUGGUCUCGUGGGGCUACGGCUGCGCGGAGCCGGGACUGCCGGGCGUCUAUGUGGACGUGGAGUACUAUCGCCAGUGGAUCGAGGAGCGCAGCGGGUCCGCGCUGGCCAGGAUCAGUCCGGGAUGGCUCCUGAUCAGUGGUGCUCUCUUAGAACUAGCUCAUUUCUGGAGUGCCUGGUGA